AUGCCGCCCGACCAAUUCGUCGUCGACCCGGUCGCGGCAGAAGAGGCCCGAGCAAUGAAAAUCGCUCGACGGUCAUUAUCGAUGCUCCACGACAUUUUGUGCAUUGUCGCGGCAGAAGAAGAUGAUCAGGGUCUUCUAGGGCUUGUUGGAUCACAUGUGGAGACGAGCCGCAAUGCGCUCACGGUGCUAGUGUCGCCCGAAGAGCGAGACGCUCGGGGGCGGCUGCGAGGACAAAUAGGCAGUAAGGUUCAUGAGUUUAUCAUUCCAACGCGGAAGGCCCGACGCUGCCGUCGUUGUAAAGGACUGCUCUGGGAGUUGGCGGGCGUGAUGUCUGGAGCCCCUGUCGACAUUCUCGGCGGCAAUCUCGCCGUGAGCCACACACCAAAAUAUGUACGGACCGCAAACCAUUUCGGUACAAUCGCAACCGGAAAACUGGAACCUACGCAAUAUAUGCGCGUAGAUCGGAAAACUCAGUGGGGCCGGACAUUCGGUGAUCCUGAGAAUAAGGAACGGACUACGUCCUCUGUGACAGUGUGGUACGCAUCCCCUGCUCUAAUGCUGCAUUGA